AUGGUUUCACUCGCGAACGGCCCAUUUCAAUGCCUCACCCUCUCACUGCUCAUAUUGCCACCUAUCCUCCUUACGACCUACUUCUUGGCUGCGUUUCCAAGUCCCCCAGAACCAUUGGUCAUAUACCCGUCGCUGGAAUCGCUGCCAAAGGCCCAUUCGUCAUGGGAGAUAUACCCAGAGGACUUUUAUCAAGGUGGCGCUUAUGCCCGCUUUCCCUACGGCAAGGUUAGAUACUGGUUGAUCGGUCCAGAGGAUGGCAAGAAGGUUGUAUUGAUUCACGGCUUAUCUAUUCCGGCCAUGGUAUGGAAGGACGUGGCACCAGCGCUCGCAUCAAGGGGUUAUCGCGUUCUUCUAUAUGAUCUCUACGGCCGCGGGUACUCCGACGCGCCUUCAACGACCUAUUCGACGGCACUCUACACUGCGCAGCUCGCCCUUCUGAUGCAGCACAUAAAGUGGGACAAGGCACAUGUAGUCGGCGUGUCGAUGGGCGGCGCCAUCGCUGCUGCGUUCACAUCCCAGUUCCCCCAUCUUGUGGAAGACCGCGUCGUGCUAAUCGCUUGUGCGGGCAUGAUGGAUUCCUCCGAUCUCCCAAGGACGGCGAAAUUCAUGUCUAGUCCCCUCGUCCAAACACUCACGGGAAGCAGCCUUGUGCGCUCGUACCUUCAGCACUUGAUCAGCUCGAAGGGAAAUACUUCUCUCAUGGUCUCCGCACAUGUCGCAACAGAAGCGGACAACCCGGAGCAGCACCCUCUCACUGGCGGAGGCGAGGCCGAGGCGACCGACCCAGCCAAAGUCUUCACAACGAAGGAAGCUGGAGACGGAAGGAUACAAGAGAUCGUCCGUAUUCAAUCCGCACAUCUCCCAGGAUACAAUGCUGCAGUGGCAUCGUCUCUGCGCGAUGGCCCAAUACGCGGUCUAACGUCCGCAUUCGCUGAUGGCGAUGCGUGGAACAACAAGCGCGUGGUCGUCAUCCACGGGACGAAAGACAACACGGUCCCGUACAAAUAUGCCGCGAGGAUCAAAGAAACAAUCGAACGUGCUGUUGGGGAGAGAAAUGCUGGCGCCGUGAACGUGACGGUCGUGACAGUCGAGGGGGGCAAACACGAUCUCACAGUAAGUCAUCCGAAACUGGUGGUUGAUGAAAUCUCGGAGCUGUUCUCGUGA